UGGCAGUUUGACAAAAAGCGAUUGUUGAACGAAAAGGAACGCCAGGAAAUGCUCCUGUGCCGCUCCCUCCUGUUCAGAGUUUCUGCGUGUAGAGUGAGAACGCCGUGCAGAACUACGUGUGCGAGGUUAGUCCGCUAACGCGCGCGCUGGAAGGAUUGAUUUAUCUCCAAUAUUUACAGGAAACUCUAGAGGCCGACGAGAACACUUUGAACUGGGUCACACACUGCAGUUCGGGGACCAAUCGCUAGAUGGUGACGGUCAAGGUUGGCGUUACAGGUGUGAUAAGUGUUGUGGUGAUUCUCAUUGGAGUUUUCCUUGCUUGGUUGGAGUACGGUACAACUGGGGAAGAGGAAUACUGGAGAAUGGCAACCGCAGCUAUGCAAACUGAUGAGGAGUUUAUUGCAACCAAUCAGAGUGCUUUCAUGGUUGGAGCUACAGGAGAAACUGGAAAGCACAUUUUGGAGGAGCUGACUAACCGGAAGCUCUUCCAGACCAUCACUCUGAUUGGUCGAAGAGAGGUCACAUAUGAAGGGGAGAAGUACCAGUCCAUUGUCCAAAAGGUUGUAGACUUUGACAACUUGGACAGCCAUGCUGAUGUCUUUAAGAACCAUGAUGUGGGCUUCAUCUGUCUUGGAGCCAGAGCUGGAAACACAGGAGUAACCAGCAACCUGCCUGCCCUGAGGAAAGUUGACCAUGACUAUGUGAUAAAAUCUGCUGAGCUGGCCAAGGCCGGGGGAUGUCGCCAUCUUGUCCUGUUGUCAGCCAUGAAGGCCAGCAAGGAUGCCUCCCACCCGUACUCCAAAAUCAAAGGGGAGGUGGAGGAAGAAGCAAAAGCCUUCGGCUUUGACAGGCUGUCCAUUUUCCAACCAGCGGUCAUCAUGGUUGACAGGAAAGAUGAGACCAGGGUUGGGGAGUGGUUUCUGAAGAAGGCUCUGGCACCGGUCGCUUUCUUCUUUCCAACCGCCCUCACGGUUCCCAUAGCAACACUCGCCAGGGCGAUGGUAAACACGGCCCUGACGCCAAAGGACCAGGAUGUAGAGGUUCUGGACAACAAGGCUAUUCAUCGUAUGGGGGGCAAAAAGUAGCAACUUUUCUGACAACUUAGCAUUGGAAGAUUUGUAUUAUGGUGAAUAGGAUUACUGGUUAUAUAAUUAAUAUAAUAUAGAACUACACAGCACUGAAAUGGUGAAACCUUUGAUAGGGCAAGUUGUUUCUGCCAUAUAUUUUUCUUCUCAUGUUUUUGGUAGCUUGUGUUUUGCAGCUUGAAGGGGUAGUGCAGUAUGGUGCAAUCAAUGUAUGAUGAACAAUCCUGACAAAAUACUUUUUAAGGUCUACUUAAUCCUACUUUACAAACCUGUCUGCAUUAUUCUAUAUUCAAAUCUACAAUCUACAAUCUAACUAUGGUGCAAAUAUGACAUUGGCAGAGGCAAGAGAUAUGGAACACUUGUCUUCUAUAUUUGACUUGUACAGAAUGAGAAAUGUUGAAAAAAAUCUAACAUCUUCAUUCUUGUAAUAUUAAGCUUUAGCAUUCUAAAGGGACCAUAUUUCACCAAGAAAGAAUAUACAAAGAAAUAAACCUAUCACGUGCAAUUGUUAAUUGGUCUUUGUAUAACUUUGAUAUAUACAUAUUUAACAUUACAAAUCAGUUAAACUCUAUUUCUGUGUGGCCUUUAUACAGUGGAUAUGUUCACACCUACAAUGUUAGAAAUAUUUAAAUUCAUUUCUUCAAACAUUAAUCCAUCAUUGUACUACACUAGAACAUUUUCUGUAUCUGCAAUGAAGUAUACAGAUAAGUCAUUACAAACAAAUAAAGGGAUAAUUGAGCAAAA